UUGUCACUUUUCUCUCCCUGACAUCUCCGGAACUUUCUCUCCCCUGGACGGGGAAAAGAGCAUUUUUAGUGGUGAUAAUAGUGAAAAUUGCACAUAUUCUCACUGUGAAGUGAUAGCAGAGCCUCCAGACGCCACGUUGCAGCUAAACCACGCGUGCAAGAUGGUUUACGCGAGUGUUGUGCGAAGUGCAAUUCCAAAGAGGAUUCCCACCAUCAGGUUCCGCAAGGGUGGCGACAGUGGCAUGUCGUCGGCCUCUGAUGGCUUCCUGGCGGCCGCCGUGGCCACGGGGCGGGGCCCCAGUGGCGGCUCGAACACACCCUCGCGGCCCACAAUUGAGGAUUGGCAGCUGCCCAGGCGGUACUGGCGCAAGGAGCUGGAUGACAAGGAGAUAGACUACAUCAACCGAGGUGGUCCUGAGUAGUGAGAUAGCCACAGAGGAGAGAGUCUCACGAUUCCCUUCCGGAAGCGCGCCGUUGGGGAUGAUCUAGUCCAGGACACGCGAAGACAGCCUGAGAAUCUUGAGCAAUGCCUCGUUGUUGAAAUUAUGCCCCCAUUAUGAGUGUAAAUAAUAAAAGAAAAUUGUAUUGCGAAAAUA